CAUUGAUGACGUAGUACACACAGGACGACAUUUUGUCAGAAAGAAAGAACUUGUCGAGAGAGGUUUAGUGACCGUUUACGAGCCAUUGAGAGGAGGAUGAAUCGCCAGUCCUCCACUAAUGGCACCAAGCCGGUCAGUCGCCACCCUGCCACUGCCACAGGAGGAUCCACAGCUGACCUCCUUCCUGUGACAGGGAGCAGUAACAAUGAUCUAGCUGGACUGUUUGAGUGUCCAGUCUGCUUUGACUAUGCUCUCCCACCCAUUAUGCAGUGUCAGAGUGGACAUAUUGUUUGUUCAAGCUGUAGACCCAAGCUUUCAUGCUGCCCAACCUGUAGAGGACCCCUUGGUAACAUUAGGAAUCUGGCAAUGGAAAAAGUUGCAAUGACAGUGAUGUUCCCUUGCAAAUAUAUGUCAAAUGGAUGUGCUGUCAACCUGCUGCACACAGAGAAAACGGAGCACGAAGAAACAUGUGAAUUCAGGCCUUAUUGUUGCCCAUGCCCAGGUGCUUCAUGUAAGUGGCAAGGCUCGCUGGACCAAGUCAUGCCUCAUCUAAUGCAGCAUCACAAGAGCAUUACUACACUGCAAGGUGAAGACAUAGUCUUUCUGGCCACAGAUAUAAACCUCCCAGGUGCUGUGGACUGGGUUAUGAUGCAGUCCUGCUUUGGUUACAAUUUUAUGCUAGUUUUGGAAAAACAGGAAAAGAUGGAUGGCCAUCAACAGUUUUAUGCUAUAGUACAGCUGAUUGGGACACGAAAACAAGCAGAAAGUUUCAUUUACAAAUUGGAGUUAAACGGACACAGACGCAGGCUGACCUGGGAAGCCACACCGCGGAGUAUUCACGACGGAGUACAGUCCGCCAUCUCAAGUAGUGACUGUUUAGUCUUUGACACCAAUAUUGCUAGACUGUUUGCCGAGGGCGGGAACUUAGGCAUAAAUGUCACCAUCUCCAUGUGCUGAAGACAAAACCAUGCACACGUAUAAACACCUAGAGAUGAGGUGGUAACGUGAGGCGUAUACAUGCGAUAGGUGUACACGGCUUCUGUGAACAAAUUCCUUCAGUUAUCUUGAACACUCCUGUUUGUAAUAAAUUGUGUUAAAAAAGAC